UUUGUUUUCGAACCGCGUAGAAGACGACGAUAAAGCGGGUAACAUUCCGAAAUGUCAUCGUUUACAACAGUUCUAUUAUCAGUAUUGUGCUGCACAGCAUGUUUCAGUUUAGGCAAAGGCGAUGCCUCAUUUCCUGAGGAUACUUACAUAAAUGCAUUGCAAAACUCACAUCAAACUGAUACUGAUUAUAAUGGUGACUUUGGUGGAUACAACUAUACACCUCCUCCAAAUAACCAAUACCUUCCACCGUCGACACCAGCACCAGUUUAUGGUCCACCAGCACCUGUAUACGGACCACCUGCUCCAGUUUAUGGUCCCCCUCAGCCAACGUAUUAUAAACCAAUGCCAUACCCAUAUCAUCCUCGCGACCACUUAUCACUUCUUCAUAAACUGAAAACCAAAAUAAAUCUUUUCACCAUCGGAAAAAUUAUUUUAAAACUUCUAAUCUUCAAAAAAAUUGUUAAAUUCAUCGGCGUGAUUUGUUUAUUGUUAUUUUUACCCAAGUUGAAGGACAUGUUUAAAGAAGAACCAUCCAGUGAUGAAGAUGGUAUGGAAAGUAAACAAGUUGAAACUGAACAAGAUGUAUUGGAAAAACGAAUUGAGGAGGUGUAUGACUUUGCAAUGAAAGCCUUUGAAAAGUUCCAGGAAAAUAUUGCAUAACAGUUAUGCGAUAUGAUAAUUAUUACAUUUAAGUUAAAUUCCUAAUUAUUUAUUGUCGUAUUUAUUGAUAUUAGUUAUAAUAAAAUAAAGAGAUUUAAAUUUA